AUGGAGGCUGGGUCGUCUGCUUCCUUGAGUCAUGGCGGACCCAAGGAUUCCUUCCGGGGCGUGCCUGACGAUUCGUUACAAAAAGUAGCCAAUUGGAAAAACAACGCUCAGAUUACAGCAGCGCCAGUUGGAGAUCUUUCGUCUUUACAGUUGGAACAGCUCAUCAAGGAUGGCUUCUCCUCAAGACACCUCGACUCCACACAUGUACCGGUGUCCACGGCGGCCAUGCAUUUCGACUUGGAGGGUCCGUUCAGCGAGCCUGAGGAGUAUUACAGACCGUUUGUGCCCAAACAUAAUACAGUUUCGGGACUUGCCGGCGCGAUUACAUCAGUUCCUACACAUCCGACCACAUCCACACUUCACUUCCCGACGAAUCUAGAGAGCAUACCUCUGCCUCGUACGCUCGCUAAAUCUCGAAAAAAGCCCUCACCACGAGACUCACCCGCAAAGCGCACAGCCUGGACUAAUGACACUGCGGAAGAACACGAUUCCAUUACCAGCUUACCACACGUCCCAACGCAAGAGCGACGCUCAUCACGCACGUCGACAAUGUCUUCAAUGGUAUCUGCCAUUUCGUUUCAAGGACUCGGGGCCAUCUACAUUCAACCAUCCAAGGAACUCAACACCAUGCAAUCAAUCAGUAAUUUGCGGGCAAAGCUUCAAGACAUGACAAGUCUUGGCAAGCCAUGGGCAAGGCCAGAUUCUCGUAAUGGGGUUCACACGGCUAGUAGUAGCCCAAGUUCAAUCGCCAACAUUUCUCUGCGGUCUCGGGUUCACGAAGCACAUACCAGGCUCAACCAGGCUAUCAAUGUACCGUCACAGCCUACCAACCGUCUCAGCACGCAGGAAUGGACUGGACCCAGUGAAUGGAUCGAGCCCAGCUCCACCGCCCAAGGCCCAAAGGAAUGGAUCGAAGACUUUCUCAACCGCAAGGAAGAAGCAGACCGUGCAGAGUCUGCAUUGCGAAUGCAAGAACAAAACAAGGGUAUCCUCAGCCGCAGCAAGAGCAUCCACAAGCUCAAGUCCAGACUUAACAAGACCAGGCUAUUCGACGACAAGACGACGCAAGAACAAAGCCAGACAUCAGACCCGGAAUUACCUCAACUACCAAGACCACAGCAGCAGCAGCCCAGACGAAACAUGUCUCUCCGUCGCUCAAUCUCCAUUCGCGUCCUCUGCUCCACCACCUCGCUCAAGCCUGAUCAACACAAACUCCACAAGUCACCUCGAUCGCACAGAGCGGAAACGUGUCCGAAUCACCAGUGCGUGAGAAUACGUUCGCUUCCCUCACUAGGGCCCGGUACGUCGCCGGUUUCCGACGUAUUCUCCGAGGACAGUGACAGUGUCGGUGUCGGUGUCAAGGGUCCUGUCACUAGGAUUAGUGAGAGUCUCAGGGAAGGCUUCAUGUGUCUUGGGAGGAGGGUGUCGUUUAGGAGGGGAGUUGGUAGGGGGGUGUAG